UUCCGGUCUUCCUCCUUCGGUGUGUAGAGCAGCAAUGGCGUCUUGUAGUGAGGAGAAGACUACACCCGCUGAGGGGGAUCUAACCGAAACCUUCGCUUCUUCAAAAAGAGAGGACAGACUUCGAAAGUUUCGCGAGUUACAUUUCAAACGGAAUGAAGCACGCAAGCUCAAUCACCAGGAAGUUGUUGAGGAGGAUAAGCGACUGAAGCUACCCUCUAACUGGGAGGCUAAAAAAGCCAGACUUGAGUGGGAACUUGCCGAAGAUGAAAAAAAAAAGGCUUGUGCGGCCAAAGGUGAAGACUACAAAAGAGUGAAACUCCUUGAUAUCACUGCCGAUGAUGCAGAGCGGUGGGAGAGAAAGAAAAAGAAGAAGAAUCCAGACACGGGAUUUGCAGGUUAUGCUGAGGCCCAGUUUAGGCAGUAUCAGAGGCUCACCAAGCAGAUUAAACCUGACAUGCAAAACUAUGAGAAACAGCGAGAGGAAUGUGGUGAGGACUUCCACCCCACAUCCAAUAGCUUGAUACAUGGCACUCAUGUUCCUUCCCAGGAGGCCAUUGACCGCAUGGUGGAAGACGUCGAGAAACAGAUUGAAAAGCGGUCCAAAUAUAGCCGACGCAGGGCCUACAACGACGACGCGGACAUUGAUUACAUUAACGAGAGGAACGCCAAGUUCAACAAGAAGGCUGAAAGAUACUAUGGCAAAUACACUGCAGAGAUCAAGCAGAAUCUGGAGAGAGGCACUGCUGUUUAAGUUUGAAUCAUGAACUCUUAAAACUGAAGUGUCUUGCUUUUUGUUGUAGAUAUAUUGCAUAUUUUUCCGUUAUGAUGUAUUUGUUAAAUGUUGUGUGUACGGUAUAAGAACACGCAUUGAAGUAUUAUUGCCCUUAUUUUUAAAUAAACAAGUAAACCACUUUCAGUGA